AUGACAAGUACCUCUGUUCCGACGUCAACGGCUUUGCCAGUCCCUUUCGACCAAAGCCUCAGUAACAACGUCAGCAGUUCAUGUGACAGAUUCUUCGACUCCUUCCUGGCCGAUCCUGCCUUUGUCAAUUGCACGCCGCUCUCGCUGCUCCUCGGGACAUCGGUCUCCUUCUUUCGAGCUCAGAGAGCCCCCGCUCAACUCAACCAGAUCCUCGACGCCAGCUGCAAGGUCGCCUUCCCACAAUGCUCCGCUCUAAUGUCCAAACUGGGCCGACAAAUCCAAGAGUCCGGUUCCUGCGGCGACGACUACCAGAAGCAGAACCCCACCGUCCUGAGGGCGUACACGGGCUUCAUCACCUAUGAGCCCAUGUACCACGCCGGCUGCCUCCGGCAACAGAGCAACUCCUCCUCCUCCUCCUCCUCAACCAGCGGCAAGGCUUCCAACAGCACCACCAGCUCAUACUGCUUCACCGACGCCGCCACCAACAACGCGUCCUUCCAGGACAACUACAACUACUACCUCCCGCUCGGCGUGCAGCUCCCCCCCGACGUCAAGCCCACCUGCAGCCAAUGCUCGCGCGACACCAUGGCCCUCUUCGCCGCGUCCGCGAGCAACAAAUCCCAGCCGCUGAGCGUCACCUACAACCCCGCCGCGCGCCUCGUCAACGGCGCCUGCGGGAACAACUUCGUCAAGGCCGACGUGCAGGCCUCAUCGGCCGCCGGCGCCGCGACGCUCGCCGGCCAGUCCGGGGUGUUGACCGCGGUGACGCUGGCCGUGGUCCUGUGGAACAUGACGAUCUGA